ACUAACUAAAGCUGGAUUCAAUGGCAAAAUUACUGACAUUCGUAAAACAUAUAAAGGCGACAGUGAUAUUGCAAUUGAAUACAUGGCAUUUUUAAGAAAAACAAAUUUCAUAUCGGAUAAUUACAUAAGGAAGUUUGCCGUACAACAUAUUGAUUUUCCUAUGAAGGAUUGGACUAAAGACGAUGCAAAUCAUUCAACCAGCGUUAGUCCCGAAGAUAGUCUAAUAAAUUGGGGUGACGAUGACCAACUGUGGAUAAAAGAAACAAAUCAGAGCGAAUUAGACGCAUAUGUAGCAAUACUAACUGAUGCUGGAUUCAAUGGCAACAUUACUGACACUCAAAGAAAAUAUACAGGCAACGAAAAAAUUCCAAUUGAAUACAUGGCAUUUUUAAGAAAAACAAAAUUCAUAUCGGAUAAUUACAUGAAGUUGUUUGGCGUACACAAAAUGAAUUUUCCUAAUAUAAAUUGGACUGAAGAUCCUCCGAAAAAGGAUUAUGCAAGCACAUCCGUUUGGAGACAUUAAUAGAUUAUAUUUAUACAAGAUUUAUAAAAAAAAUUUUACUAUAAAAUCAAUAAUGACAUUUAAAAUGUUAAUUUUAUACAUCAUUUUAUAUAUAAUGAUGUCAAUGAUUUUCAAUUUUCAUAAUAUAAAUUGUAUGCUAAUUAACUAAUUCAUAAACGAGUAAUUACAAUAAUCAUUAAAUAUUACUUGUUUUAAUACAUUAUUGAUUCAUUGAAAUAAAUGAAGACGUUUUAUUUUA